AUGAACGAGAAGAAGUCUGCCGACAUGACCGUGGCGGAUCCAAUGGAUUUGAAAGAAGGAGAGAUCAAGGAACUGGACCAAGCCGAGAUUUUCCUGCGACAACACAACAUCACCCACGAUGACAUGCAGGCGAUGCUGGCCGAUACUGAAAGCAUGAAGAAGUUGGUGCGAAGGGUCGACCUCCUUCUCAUGCCACUGCUGUGCGGCACGUACAUGUUGCAGUACCUCGACAAGCAAAGUCUGUCAUAUGCGGCCGUCUUCGAUCUUUUCCCAUCGACGGGCACGAACUCAAACGAGUAUUCCUGGCUCGUGUCGCUGUUCUACUUUGGAUACCUCGUCGCAGAAUGGCCGGCCUCCUACCUCGCUCAGAAACUGCCAACGGGCACUGUGGUGUCGGUCGCUAUCAUCGUUUGGGGCGCUAUCCUGAUGCUCACAGCGGCAUGCUCAAACUUCACUGGCCUCGCCGUUUGUAGAUUUCUCCUCGGCUGCUUCGAGAGCAUGAUCACACCAGUCUUCAUGAUGAUUGUAGGGCAGUGGUAUCAGCGCAAGGAACAAUCCGUACGAGCAGGAGCUUUCUACUGCUUCAAUGGUGUCGGUGCAUCUGUGGGCGGCAUCCUCUUCUACGGCGUCGGGCAGGCGAAGGGCUUCGAGAUCUGGAGAGCGAUCUUCAUCCUGGCUGGUGGUUGCACGGUCUGCUGGGGCAUCCUUCUGCUGUUCUUUCUUCCCAACAGCAUCAUGGCGGCGAAGAGAUUCACCCCACAGGAGAAAGCCAUGCUCAUUGCUCGCUCGCAGCAGAAUCAGACGGGAAUCUUCAACCCGACGAUCAAGAUGUCCCAAGUCAAGGAAGCUUUGACGGAUGCUCAAGUGUGGUUGCUGUUCUUGUUCGUGCUGCUGAAUGAGACAGUCAAUGGAGGGUUGGCCAAUUUCUCCAAGCUCAUCAUCAAGGGGCUCACAGGUGGCAAUUCUUUGCUGACAACAGCUUACGGAAUCCCCACGGGAGCAUGGCAAGUCUUCUUCGUCUUCAGCGGCCCAUGGCUAGCAGGCAAGCUCAACAACUGCCGAACCUACAUCAUGCCGCUCUACCUCGUCCCAACCCUACUCGCAACAUCCCUGCUCUGGAAGCUACCACACACCGAGGAGAACAGCAAAGGCCUGCUCAUCUGCUGCUACAUCGCGGGCUCCUUCGUAGCCAGUCUGGUCAUCGCCCUGCAGCUCCCAGCCAACAACGUCGCGGGCUACACCAAACGUGUUACCUCGACAGCCUUUGUCUUCCUCGCCUACUGCGCAGGAAAUAUCAUUGGCCCGCAUGCGUUCUUGGAGAGGGAGGCGCCGACGUACACGACCGGCUGUGCGGUCUCUCUCGCCUGCGUCGCCGGCCAGGUCGUCGUAUCAUUUGCCUUGCGGGCUCUGCUCGUCGCCAGGAACAAGAAGCGGGAUGCGCUGUAUGGUCCUCCUCAGCCGGCUACUGGGGAGAUUGAGGAUCGGACUGAUUUUGAGAAUCCGAAUUUCCGGUAUUCGUAUUAG